GCCACUGACAGGAGCAUCAAUGAACUCAGCAAGAACCUUGGGACCAGCAAUAGCUGCAAAUAACUACAAAGGCAUAUGGAUCUACCUUACAGCUCCCAUCCUUGGCGCACUAGCUGGUGCAGGUAUUUACACAGCAGUGAAACUGCCUGAGGAAGAUGAUAGAAGUGGGGAAAUAGAUGAUUCUUUCAUUGCUGACCUGGUGGUUGGUCUUGCCUCUUGUCAAAUCAAAGCAGGCUCUCCUUCUCGUGGAGAGCGCUUAGCCAAGUACAAUCAGGUGUUCCAAACCAAGUUUGCUAAGAUAAGCAUGGGUACGAAUUUCUCAAUCCUUUUACCUAAUUGCUCUCCUCCCAACACUUUUGCGAGAACAUAUGUAUUUAGCUUUCAAGGAGAUGACUGCCUCAUCUGUCGUGGGUCACGCUCCAUAUUACUGCUUGCAGCAGAAGCAGAAAACGGUGCUGAUUUGUUUCUUUCUACUUAG